CUCUCACUGAUGUCCAUUGGGUGCCUAGGGUGUCAGAAAUGAGGGCCGUGGUGGCAGAUUGCCAGCACGUGUGAGGGUGCUCAUGUUUCCAUGAUGGGAUCUCUCUUGUGAGCAGGGCAGGGCAAUGCAAGGCUGGUCCCCUGAGGGUGCUCCCAGUCUUGCUGCUCUGGGGAAUUCAACCAGGUCUUUGCAUGGCCCUAAGGAUGCCUGUGGCCUGUGGCACUUGGGUUGCCCUUGGCCCUGCUGGGCUGUCCGAUUGCUUUGUGAAGGAGAUUCUAUUUCAUUUCCAUUUCUGCGACCUGUGAGGCUUUCUCAAGGCCCGAGGCACUGUUGUGGGCUGCAUGGAGCAUGCCGAGGCUGUGGUAGGCUUGUUAGAAGUGGGAUAAGUGGAGGCAUCGCCUGCUGGGGGUUACUGGGUCCUGGUGCCUGUUUCUCAGCCUGCGAACAAGGAGCUAUUCCAGCCGGUUUCCGCAGGCCCUGUCGUGUGGCUCAGAACCCCUUCCAAGGCCCCUCUCUCUCGGGCAGGAAGUGUACACCAAUGUGUCUCAUACCGAGCCAAAGCAAGCAGACCGGGCCCGUGAGUUUUGUCCCCUUGGCUGGAGAAGCAGGAAGUGCUGUGUUGCAGCAGCUUUGUCUUCCCAGGGUUUCCUUCCUCGAACCUUCCCUUUCACUCCAUGUAACGCUUUGCUGGUUCACGAGUGCGGCAAGAUGGCCCUGUGACUUGCCUGGCUGCCACGCUUGCCUUGCCCUGGGGGUUUGUGCCCAGGCCCAUGGGGGUGUGGAGGAGCCCUGGCUGUAAGUCACAUCCAUGGAGCGUGGCAGGGGAAGCUAGCGAAAGGGCUCACUUGUCAGCCAUUUCCUCAGGGCCAGGAGUGGCGGUGGCUUUUGUGAGUGGGCAACAGGACUGAACAGAAAACGGAGAGAGCACCAUUCUCCUAAGGCCAGUGGGACAGCAGCCUAAGCGAGAGCUUUUUCAUGGUGAAAGGAGCGGCGCUUUUCUUACAACAAGGGAACAGCUCACAAGGCCAGCGGAGUCUGCAGCACCUUCACAAGCAUGCAGGUGACUUGCCCCAGCACCUCCAGGUGAUGAUCAACCUUCUUCGCUGUGAGGACAGAAUCAAACUGGCCGUGCGCUUGGAAAGCGUGUGGACAGACCGUGUCAGGUACAUGGUGGUCGUGUACAGCAGCGGGCGACAAGACACAGAGGAAAACAUUUUACUGGGCGUGGACUUCUCCAGCAAGGAGAGUAAAAGCUGCACCAUUGGGAUGGUCCUGCGGCUGUGGAGUGAUACCAAGAUCCAUCUUGAUGGAGAUGGCGGAUUUAGCGUGAGCACUGCCGGGAGGAUGCACAUCUUCAAACCAGUUUCCGUGCAGGCCAUGUGGUCUGCGCUGCAGAUCCUCCACAAAGCCUGCGAGGUGGCCCGGAGGUACAACUACUUCCCAGGCGGUAUGGCCCUGGUCUGGGCCACGUACUACGAGAGCUGCAUUGGCUCCGACCAGAGCUGCAUCAAUGAGUGGAACGCGAUGCAGGACCUGGAGUCAACGCGCCCCGAUUCCCCGGCGCUGUUUGUCGACAUGCCAACUGAGAGGGAGAGGACAGAGCGGCUCAUUAAAGCCAAACUCCGAAGUAUCAUGAUGAGCAAAGACCUGGAAAAUGUGACCUCCAAGGAAAUCCGGAACGAGCUGGAGAAGCACAUGAAUUGCAACUUGAAGGAAUUCAAGGAGUUUAUAGAUAACGAAAUGCUGCUCAUCCUGGGGCAGAUGGACAAGCCCUCUCUGAUUUUCGACCAUCUGUACCUGGGAUCAGAAUGGAACGCCUCCAACCUAGAAGAGCUGCAGGGCUCAGGCAUUGACUACAUUUUAAACGUGACGCGGGAAAUCGAUAACUUCUUCCCUGGGCUGUUUGCCUAUCACAAUAUCAGAGUGUACGAUGAGGAGACGACUGAUCUCCUUGCCCACUGGAAUGAGGCGUAUCAUUUUAUCAACAAGGCCAAGAAAAAUCGCUCUAAGUGUCUGGUGCACUGCAAAAUGGGUGUGAGUCGGUCUGCUUCUACAGUCAUAGCUUAUGCAAUGAAGGAAUUUGGCUGGUCCUUGGAAAAAGCCUACAGUUAUGUCAAGCAAAAACGCAGCAUUGCAAGACCAAAUGCGGGUUUCAUGAGACAGCUGUCAGAGUACGAAGGCAUUUUAGAUGCAAGCAAACAACGCCACAACAAGCUGUGGAAGCAGCAGGCAGAGAGCAACUUGCCACCGAGCACGGACGGCUCCCCAGGGUCCAGUGCCUUCCUCCUUGAAAGCCUGGACAUCGAUCUGGAAAACCGGCUGGUUGACCUGGACGCGCCUCUGUCGUCCACCUACUUGGACAACCGAGGCAGCAUAGAGGCUGGGGAGCUCAGCUACUGCUUCCGGCGCCUCUCUGACACGCUGCUGGAGAACAAGCAGCCUGGUGACAGGGCGGGGCUUUUCCAGGUGGAGGACCUGGAGCGGGAUGCCAUUUCGGAGCAGGUGAAGUCACCCGCAGGCCAGCCUCCUCCUCCAGCACUUCCUGCGGAUCCCAUGAAGGCCAAGGAGAGCAUGGAACCGUUGGCUGAGCUGAGCGGGUUCUGUGAGAAGGAAGUGAAGAAGAAACUGGAGCUGGGCAUCCAGAAGGCUUGGAACGCUCCCGGGCAAGUGGACGGCGGGGAAGGGAGCCCCCGGGAGGAAAACCCCACAGAGAGGUGGAAGAGGCGCUUGUCUGUGCACAGGGAAGAAAGCCGGCUCAACAGAGAGAACUUAAAUAACAACAACAGCAAGCGGAGCUGCCCGGAGGAUUUUGAGCACGAUGCCAUAUUCGGGAUCCUCAGCAAGGUCAAGCCUUCCUACCAGUCUUGUGCUGACUGCAUGUAUUCUGCAGCCCGCGCCUCCCCAGACACCUUCGGGGAGCAGUGCGAGAAGCUGAACCUGGCCGCGGCUCACCGCACCUCUACCAUCUGCACCCAGCCAGUGCUUCUCUCCCACCUGACUGCUCACCUGCCAGACCAAAUGCCAAGCAGGCUGCGGCCUGGGGAAGCAAUCAGAGCUAAACUCGAUAUCGUGCCUCCUUUGGUCGAGGGGAUGAGUGUCACGGACAUCAGUCCUUGCAAAUCUGUGGCCGGGCAGCCCAGCGGGAUUCCAAAAGAGGCCACCAAAACACCUGUCAAAGCCCUGGUUGCCAGAAGGAACUCGCUGGGCGAGAAGAGCCCUCUGAACCCUGAUGCCUUGAAGGAAGAGGCCCCAUCCAGGAAGGAUGUCAAACCAACCAAGGACCUGAAGUAUUUGCUGUUCAGCAAAGAACUGGAGAAGCCCACUGCGAACAGUUACCUGAUGCAGCAUCAGGAGUCCCUGAUCCAGCUCCAGAAGGCAGGCUUGGUUAGGAAGCAUACCAAAGAGCUGGAGCGGCUGCAGGGAGCACCACUGGAAACCUCAGCCCUGGUACGAGAGAGCCCCUUGAGCAGACCUGACGUGGGUCCGCUGGAAGAAAACCAAGACUCGGCUGCCCGCCAAGGCCCAGUGCCUCUGCUUAGGCCAGCGUCUUUGCUGUGCGAAGGCGCAGAGAACAACGUGCAGAAGUUAGAGGCCAAAUGUUCCUUUGAGGGAACGCCGCAGAAAACCUCGACCCCUCUUGUGUGCCGACUGGAGCACAUGAGCAGUUACACCAGGGACUUCCUGAAGACCAUCUGCUACACGCCCUCCUCUUCCCGGAGCUCCAACUUGACCCGCAGCUCCAGCAGCGACAGUAUCCACAGCGUGCGUGGGAAACCUGGCCUGGUGAAACAGCGAGCUCAGGAAAUCGAAACCAGGCUCCGGCUUGCUGGCUUGACUGUUUCCUCCCCCCUGAAAAGGUCCAAUUCUCUCGCCAAGCUGGGCUGUCUGAACUUAUCCUCUGAGGACUUAUCGAGCGACAUGGAUGUGUCCACGCUGACGGACUCCAAGGAGGCCAUUUCGAGCGAGUCUUCCGUGCUCUGCGACUCGCAGGCCACUCUGAGAUGCGUGGCCGUAGGCUCCAAACUCAAAGCAAAGUCAACUAUGGACAACUUGAAGAGCACGCUUUGGAUGGGCAAAAGUUGACACAUUCUGUCCUCUUUGUCUGUCUGUCUGUUUUAAAUCGACAUUUACGGCCUGCACCCAAUGCAAUUUUAUCAUCGGUAACAGUCAUGCAUUUGACAACCUCUUUCUCCUCGCAGGUGGGGGGAAAGGGGACGCUGAUUGAUUGGAAUGAACAGCACGAGGAAGAAACCAUAACGCAUGGCUUGGAAGAAGACUUUGUGUGUGUGGAUUGCCUACUGCUCCUCUGACCCACACUUCCCAGGACUGUUUGCCAAGUAUAAUAAUGUUGCAUUUAUAUAUGUGUAUAUAAAAUGCUGAAAAUUUCUGUUUGAAAGUCUCAACAAAAGAACUGAUCACAGCAUUUUAUUUUAUUUUUGUGUGCACAAAGCAAACAUAGCACAAGUCUUUCGUUCCAACAGCACUUGUGGAGAACUCCAUAGAUGGUGACAUAAACACUACCUCUGUUCUGGUUGAUAUCUGGUCUCGGUUUAUUAUUUUUAGAAGCCUUUUCUUUUUCUUUGCAGGAUAUUUAACAUUUUUUUGAAAGGCAUUUGUGUGUGACAUGUACUGUAAAGACCCAAAUGAGUGUGGAGGGUGUAGGCUUCACUGCACUGAGUUCCUCCUCAUUAGGAAGUCAUGCAAAGGAGCGUAAAGCUGUGUUCAUGUUGACCAAGUGAUCUGCUGACCAGUCGGUCCCUGUGAGUUGUCCUAGUCCCGUAUUCAUAAUGGAGUGACAUCUAGGCUUGCGUGUUUUUGAACUUCAAAUGGAGAAGGUGUCUUGUUCUUCAGGUAUUAUUGCUGUUGUCGUGGUUUAUGACUGUCCCAGUAAUAAGAAUGAGCCUGGCCAGUAGGUGACCGUGACCCAUUGUGAGAUGUAUGUGAUGCUGGAGUCGGUGUUGUACUUGUGCUUUGGAGAACCUACUGCACUGAGCUGCUGCUGGCACGAGUUGCAGAUUAGAUGAUUACUGACUUGCGUCCUGCUGUGACAGGCGGUAGCCAGGCUUACUGGUGUUCAAUGCAUUUGACACAUAAGGAGGUAUUAGGCAAAUUUUGUUUAUUAUAUAUAUAUAUAUAAUAUUAUAUUUUUUGGUAGAACAGUUCCUGCAUCCUGGAGUUUGCAGCAGUACUGCAAAGCAGCAGCAGCAGGGCUAGCUCAGGAAAGUGCAUGGUUGUCACCGAACUCGGAGGCCGUUUACAAACCUUUCUAGGGAAAAUCCAAGGGGGCUAUUUAUUGUGAUGGUGGUGGGGCUGCGUGGAAGGGAGCGUGCCCUCGCUCCUGUUCUGUGUCAGUAGUGAACAACAUAGGGGCUGGCUAAGCUGAGCAGCCUCCUCCCAAUCGCUCUGAAAAUCUUCAGUUCUGCUCUCAGAUGCUGCUCCCUUGGGCUAUGCUGGUCUCAUGUUGUCCUUCCAACGGCAGAGGUUGGGGCAAAGGCCAGGACGGGGAGUUUUGCUAACCUCACCUCAGUGGACUAUUGCAAUAACUCAGAGAGGAUAAGCCAAAAGCUAGAACAGUGUCCCAAGCCUUUAACAAGCAUUCAUUCUUCCACGUGGUGCUGCUAGCUUCGCCUGCUGACACAAAGGCAUUGCAGCCUCAGUCCUGGCCCUGCAAACUCAUUAGCUCCAGCAGUACAGGACCCGGCCCCUGGCUGUACAGCUCCUUCCUUCACCUGCCGCUGAGGCCUGCUGUCCAUCACAAGUGUCGAGACUGCCCUGAAAUUCUGUUCCCGUUUGGGUCUUCUUCCAGUUCCCAGUGAAGCACUUGAAUCGGAGGACAUUGGGAUGCAGUGCUGCAAAUUAAUGUGAAAAUGGGGCUGACCACAAUGAGUUAAACAAGUGAGAUAUCUAGAGGGACCCAUCUGUGCUUGAGUUCGAUGUCCCUCAGCAAAGGGGCGAUGACACGUCUGUAGCUGCCAUGAUGCUCCUUAGAGCGUCGCCAAGAACCAAGGUCCCAUCCACCUGUUCUUGCUCUAAGCCAGAAAUAAGGCAAGGUGUGACUGCCGGCAGAGUUGUCGGGAGCAUUGUGGCAGUGGUGCAGAUGCACCCUUACCAUGUCACGGCCCAUUGCAGAUCCAGUCCAGAUCAAUAUUUUGGUACGCCAGUCCUCUCACGCUGCUCCGAUGGCAGCAGACUACAACGGUGUAGUUGACCACGGAUGCUGCGUUCGGUACAAUCAUCUUUCCAGCCUGCUGUGGAGAAGUCUGCUCUUAAAAGACACCAUCGUGCUCUGUAUUUUUGCCAAAUUCAGAGAAAAAAAUGUUGUGAAGCACCUAAGUCCCGGGUUCCAAAAUGCCUCAGUCACUGCAGCUUCUCAGACUCGUUGCAAGUCAUUUGGACAUGAACUUUUGGGUGACUUACAUGCUUCUGAAAAUUAGUCUAGGGUAGCAUUUUAAAAAAGGCCUAAAUCCUAUGUCCUAGGUUAACUUUGGUGUCAAACCGACGCAUCUCUCGUACUAUGCAGUUUUAGUGGCCAGGUGGGUGAGAGCCAGAACUGUACUUUAAGCGUUUCCAUGUGAAAGCUGUUUUUGCCGACACUGCACACCCAUCCUUAGCUCACGGCCGCUUUGCCGUUUCACACAGGGAAGGUUGUUUCACGUUAGCAAAGCAAAAAAGCAUCACCAGCAAACGGCACUCUGAGGGUCUUUUGGGGGUGUGAAACAUUGGGUUCACACUUAUCCUGGUAUUGGAGAAAACUCUCCUGGCUCAGAGAGUUGGACUCUCCCUUAGCUGCUCCAUGCUGUCAUUUGCUGACUACAGAUCUUCAGCUGUGCGUUUUGCACAGGCAUGUCUCUCGAUGUUGUGGUUGCCAUAGUUUUUUGCAUUGAGUGACUUAAUUGAACUGUUGUUUCUGUGACGUGUUUCUGAAGUCAGUGCUGACCAGUUCAGUCCACUACACUGUGAAUUCCCUGGCGCACAUACCCGCCGUCUCCCACCCCAGUGAAGACAUUUCCAUUUCACUUUAUCUGGGCUUGAGGGUAGAUCAGAAAUAUCAGCACGGUUACAUGCCUAAUGUUCAGGUACCGUGGGUGCAUUUCUAGGUCCCAACACGCGUCGUAGAUUUUUAUCAUCUUACUAUGUUUGUUCGCACCUAGGUGAAAAAUGGAUUGGAGGGAUUAGGGGAUGGCGGUGGGCACAAAGGAGACAGCUUGCCAGGUACUUGACGUCUGCCAGAGUUUCUUCAGAGCCUGUUAGCCCAUGUGAAAUGGCUCAUACUGAAGGUAUUUAUGUUGUCAGUACGUCCACCAGCUCCCCCAGAGUCCAAGUAUUGUGCUUGAGGCUUGAACGCAGCACAACAGCUGGGAUACAAUGGGAGCCAUGAGAGUUGGUUGCACAGUUGUUCAAGUUUUGCAAAUCACUGACACAUUCCUUCUUUGCUACGGGGAGGUCUUUCUUCAGACAGCUCCCUUUCCCAUGCGACACAGACGAGCCCUAUCAUCUUUUGCCCAAGCCUGUGGCAUUGGAGAACAGAUUCUAGCCUUUUUUGCAUUAUGUUUAAUGCGUCUCUUCCCAUAUCCUGUUUCUCUAUUUUGUUUCUGCCCUCUUCACCCAAAUAACCCUCAAGGGUCCUUAAAUAGUGCCAUGCUCGAAGAACAAGUGGGCUAGGACUGCCCUGUUUUCAGCGGGUCUGCUUGAGAUGGUACACUGUGGGGAUGCGCACACCCCAUCCUCCGCAUUGCUAGGGCAGAGACCAUCCGCUAGGGAGUAAGAGCGCGUUGCAGUGUAGCGCGAUACGUUGCAGCACAGCGGACGACAUCCCACUGCAGAGUUUGUUCCCAACCGUGCUGUUGGCUGACUGACCCGCUGUCGCUCUUAUGAGACGAGGAGCUUAGACCUGAAGCCCCAAGGAUUUCUAAGACACGAGUGAAUAUAGUGUUUCCUUCCUGUUUUCUUCUUGGGUGCCUGCCAAAUUCGACUGCUCCUUCUCCUUGUACUUCUCCCAUUGACUGCUCUUCCCAGGUGGUGAUUUGAACUCAACCGUCUGGUUGCCCAUGGCUGUGCCACCACUUCCACAACAUUGCUCAUCAAGCUUGAAACCCCAUUGCUGCUUAGUGCGAUGCUAUACUGUCAGGAUUAGAGAGGUAGCUAGUUCGUUUCCUUUCGUUUUCUUUUUAAAGCCAUUUUAUGCAUAGAGGGCCCUAGCAUGCCAUUCCAGAGUUGUUGCAGCCAAAAGAUGCAAUGCCUGCCGGCUGCAUUAGACUUGUUGCAUGAGAAGUUAGCUGUUUCCUUUCCCUCCCGUGUAUUGUAACUGUUCUUUUCCAAUUGAGUGCCUUAAUAAUAGUUUACAUAUACCGUAUCUUUCUGCCGAGCUGUCAGACUCUGCUGCUUCGCUGUUGUUCUGGUGCUGUGGUGUCUUUAGUGGCAGUCAGACCGUGACUACUUGCGUGUACCUUCCCUGUGUGACGCCUGUCACCCCUGAGCUCAGAGCCACUAACGGAUUCGCCUUCCCUAUAGCGGGGCGUACGAGCAGACAGAUCCCAGUCCCUGUUGCCCCAUCCUUGUUUUGAUGUAUCUAUGCAUAGCUGCCGAAAGCACAGGCCGGGGUGUGGGGCUUGACGAGACGUUCCAAAGACGGAAGGCCAUCGUUCCUCGGGGGCGCGUUGCGAAUGCCAUCGCAGCCAAGGCGCGCCCCAACGUCAGAUCCGAAAUGCACAAACUGGCACCUUAUUUCCAGCCUAUGCUUCUUUUCUUUUCUUUCUUUUUUUUUGGUCGUCGUCAUCAUUCCGUGUUUUAGAGAGCGCCUCAUCUUGGCCUCGCGCGUUCUUUAAUUCAAUGAUGUCUCCGUUCCCAUUCCAAAUGUCGGCCUGUUCUCCUCGCCCAAGGGUGGACUCGGCUCCCCGGCUAGUGCCCUCAUUAGGCAAACUCCAGACGUGAAAGGGCAGACGACUGCCGUGUCGCUGUUUCAGUGCAUUGCUGUACUCUGACGGUAUCCACGUUCCUUUUGUUCUGGUGUAUUUCUUAAGUCUGGUUUUUAUAUAUUUAAAUAUGCAGUAUCUUUUGUACUGUACCUUUGCAGUAGGGGAUGCAUAAUGCACUUUUUUUUUUACUUUGGUUUGUAAAAGUGUACUGUAUAUUUUAUGUGCUUCUUGUG